AUGUCGUAUAUGCUUCCGCAUUUGGAGAAUGGGUGGCAGGUGGACCAAGCCAUCCUUGCCGAAGAGGAUCGUGUUGUUGUGGUACGAUUUGGACACGAUUGGGACCCUACUUGCAUGCGAAUGGACGAGACCCUGUUCAAGAUUGCUCCAAAAGUAAAGAAUUUCUCUGUGAUUUAUCUAGUCGACAUAACGAAGGUGCCGGAUUUCAACAAGAUGUACGAAUUGUACGACCCUUGUACUGUGAUGUUCUUUUUCAGGAACAAACACAUUAUGGUGGAUUUGGGAACUGGUAACAACAACAAAAUCAACUGGCCAAUAACUGAUGGACAGGAACUUAUUGAUAUAAUUGAAACUGUGUACAGAGGUGCCCGCAAAGGACGAGGUUUGGUGGUUUCUCCGAAGGAUUACUCGACCAAAUAUAAAUAUUAA